AUGGUAUUUAAAUUUGGCAUAUUUUCCGGAGGCAUUGAACGUGCGAGCGUUGAUAAUCAUAAGCACUUGAUCCCGAACAAGGAAAUCUCGAAGGAGGCCACAGUUUUUCGUUUCGAGAGUAAAAAAGUUCACCCCGUUGUAGACAUGCCUGUCAGUUUAGGUACAACUCCACACAUCACCUUCACGACGUCUGCCCACUCGAGUGCAGCGUCUUCUGCCGGAUCGAAGAUACCCCAAGGUCUGAUCCCGGCCAGUGCUGGCUACAACCAGAUUGUCAAGCUUCAGAAGUUGUUUCUUAAACAGGAUGGUAAGUUUGUGUGGCAGAAGAAGGGACCAAGAGAUGUCGGCCUCUACCUGACUGCCCUCGGUCUGACGGCAGCUGGAUUAGGAGUUAGUGUCUACCAGAUCAUCAAAAUGUCGUUCAAUUAA